AUGUCUGUUUUGGUUCUUAUUAUUGUGCCUGUGAUGUGCCACCGACUGAGACCAUUGCGCCCACAAGUGAAUCAAAACCAGGGCCGAAAUAUAGUGAUCUUCUAUGGCUCCCAAACCGGAACCGCAGAAGACUUUGCCACCCGAUUGGCCAAAGAAGCAUCCCUUUAUGGUAUGAAAGCAAUGGUGGCCGACCCCGACAGGUGUCAUAUGGAUGAGCUCUCACAGCUCUAUAAGAUUGAGAACUCAUUGGCCAUAUUCUGUGUAUCGACUUAUUGGGAGGGCGACCCCACCGACAACGCUAUGGCUUUCUAUAAUUGGCUCCAAUCGGGCAAAACUAGUGUCAGAGGCCUUCGCUAUGCUGUGUUUGGUUUGGGGAACAGUACGUAUGAAUACUUCAAUAAAAUGGGAAAAUAUCUGGACUUAAGACUAGAAGAAUUGGGUGGUACUCGGGUUCAUAAACUAGGGUUGGGAGACACGGCUCAUAACAUCGACAACUAUUUCAUGACAUGGAAAGAUAAUUUGUGGACUUCUGUAGCCAAACAAUUCAAUUUAAAAACACUAACAAAUUUCUCAAGUCGACAGUUCAGACUUAUUCAGCAUAAAGAGAUUCCUCGUGAGGGGGUGUUUACUGGAGAAGUAUUAACACUUAACUCAUUGGUCGACCAAAAACCCCCGUUUAAUCAAAAGAACCCAUUCUUGGCUCCCAUUCUAGUAAAUAGAGAGCUGUAUAAAGGUUUGCGUUCAUGUCUUCACAUAGAGUUAGAUCUAAUGGGAUCACAGUUAAGUUAUGAAGCGGGCGAUUAUGUGGCCGUCUAUCAAAAGAACGACAAGCAUUUGGUCCAAAGGAUUGGACAAUUGCUGGCAACAGAUUUAGAUCAAGUGAUUAGUUUGGAGAACUUAGAUGAGGACAGCUUCAAGAGGCAUCCCUUUCCCUGUCCCACCUCUUAUAGGGAUGCACUGCUCUUCUAUACCGACAUAUCCAGUGCUCCCAAACCACAUGUCCUGAGAGAACUGUCCGAAUAUACUGAUAAUGAAGAGCAUAAGAAGUUCCUCGAGUGUAUAAGUUCGUCGACCGAAGAAGGGAAACAAGUUUACAACGAAUGGAUUGUUGAGAAGUUGAGGAAUAUUGUCGAUGUAUUAGAAGACAUGCCAUCAGUGAAGCCUCGUUUGGAUCAUUUGCUCGAAAUAUUGCCCCGACUUUUGCCCCGUUUCUACACCAUCUGCUCCUCUUCUAAAGUAUACCCCAAUAGUGUUCACUUGACAGCAGUGGUGGUCAAGAAGAGCACCGGUAGAGUGAAUAAAGGUGUGGCCACUAAUCUGUUGGCAAGCAAACAAUGUGAACAAAGUGGUGACAAAGUGUCGGUCCCUAUAUUCAUACGUCGCUCACAGUUUCGAUUGCCUGUGAAUCCUUCGACCCCUGUCAUUAUGAUAGGUCCGGGAACUGGUUUGGCGCCAUUCCGGGGCUUCCUUCAGGAGAGAUGGUAUCACAUGCAAAACCAGACACCCAUCGGACCCACUGUUCUGUACUUCGGCUGCAGAAAUCAAUCGGAUGACUAUCUCUAUGAGGAAGAGCUGAGAGGAUAUGUUAUGGACAACACUCUCACCAAACUAUACACCGCUUUCUCACGCGAUGGCAGCGAUAAGGUAUACGUUACUCAUCUGUUGAGACAACACAUGCCAGAGAUAUGGCGUCUCAUUGGACCACUCAAUGGACACGUCUAUGUCAGCGGAUACGCGUCCACAAUGGCCCGGGAGGUCAAGGAUAUUCUGGUCGACACUUUUGUCGCAGAAGGCAAUCAGUCUCCAGAAGAAGCGCACAAUUACCUCAAGACAAUGGAGUCUCAGCGCAGAUAUCUACGUAAUCAUAGCAAUUGGCUAACAGUAUCAAUAGUGAACGACGGUGAAGAGGGCAGAUCAGUAAUACGCCUAUGCCCGCCCGCCCGCGCCCAAUACGCCCGGAAUGCCCAAAAUAAUGGUAGGAGCUAA